AUGGAGCCAUGGCUAUACGCUUUACUCUCUGGUCCCCUUUGCCUCACAGCAACCUUUUUUAACAUUAUCUUCUUUUUUUGCCUAAUGAGACCAGCCGCCGGAGUGAAGCUUCGCAAUCCACUGCGCUUCUUGUUAAUUAUUGUGUUAUUCAAUUCAACAUUUCAACAACUGGCCACUGUGCUGACCAUUGCUAUGCUGCUUUUUGAUCCACCUUUCUGGCUCAAAACGCUAACCAUAGCUUUGAUUUAUCAGUUUUUCAGCGCCAACUUCUCAUGCAAUGCCUGGAUCAGCAUUUUCUACUACGUUUCGAUUGUUCCUCAGCAGCAUCCUACCUUUAUCUGGAUUAAGAGGAAUAUUAACGCCAUAAUAUAUAUCGGCUUCGGUCUGAAUCAAAUGGUGCUGCUAAUUUCUUUGUCUAUGGGAGCAGUAAUGUAUUUUUUGCUCGAGCCUGUCACAAACAAUUUCACUUCAUCUAAAUUGAACCAAACAUCAUCAGCAGAAAGCUCAGAGAUAAACCUGCAUUUAUUUCAUGUGGCUAAUUUUACAUAUUUUCUAUAUUGCACCUGUCCUCUGUUCACUUUAUUAUUUUCUUGGGGCAAAACUUUAGUUUAUCUGCGUGAACAUAUGAAAAGGAUGGGACGGAGUGGUGAAUCGUUUUCCCAGCCCCAGCAGAAGAGCCAGAUGCGGGUCACCGUUACAGGCAUGAUACAAGCGGCUCUGUUCCUUCCCAGCAGCCUAUGGACUAUAACAGUUGCUUUCCUCUACAUGACAAACCUCUUGGAAAAAGUUGAUCCCAAUAGAUUUGUCACAAUGACAUUCUGCUCAAUGUCCAGCUUGGGAAACCUACUGUGUUUUGGAUUCUCCCAGUCUGUGUUUCGCAAUGGAAUUGUAAGUGUAAUUAAAAAAACUAAAGAGACGCAAAUGAGGUGAAUGUCACGUUUUAGGAUUCUUGGAAUUUAUUAUGCUUUUUCAUUAUAUUUGAUGUAAGCAAACAUACAGUCAAACCAAAAUUUAUUCAGACACCUUCAACAUUUCUCACAUUUGCUAUCACUGUUUAUUCUAUAGUUUAGA